CCCGAAGCGCGGCGCGGUCGGGUCCCUUCGGGAGCAGAAGCGAAAAUGGCCGAAGACGCGAAUAGUGCGGAGCCGAGAGACUGCUGGGAUCGCGGCGGACUCGGCGGGCGGGGCCGGGCGGCAAGAUGGCUGCCGCACGGCGAGGGAGAGCUUCCUCCGCGGUGGUAUCCUUCUGCUGUGUCCCCAUGUCCCUCCGCUGGCCUCAGGCCCAGGCCUCCACAGGAUGGCACUUCAGGGCUAGUUUGCUGGACACAUGAAGGCAGCUCUGAGUUCCUGCUUUUUGUUCCUUUAAACUCCCAUGCACACCCUUUCUAUAAGUUCUGAGUAGAAAUUCCACUUUUAAGUGGGAGGGACAUUCACUAACAAUUUAGAGUUGAUAGGACUUCAGUGGGGCGUGCUGGCUCCAUCACCCUCCUUCUUGACCCUGCACCUUGAGUGGGUGGCUGCCUGCCUCCCACCAGGCCCACCUGGAGCAAGAGAGUGAAGACCCCUCACUUUGAAUACUUACAGACUCAUUUUACCAUAAACAAACAAGAAGCGUACAGUGCUCAGGAAAGUUAGUAGACAUUUAACUGCACAAAAAAAGAGAAUAUAUUUUCUUUGAAGAAAAUGAAAAAAAAAGUCAUUUUUUUCUAUCUAGUAACCUGGGCCACAGUCAGGGUAAUGCCCCCAAGGAAGCCUGGUGUUCCAAGGCCGUCCUGCCUGCGGUCACCAGGGAUAUACCCAGCCCUCCUGUUCCAGGCUAGGGCAUUUCCUGUGACACCAGUGGAGUAUGGGUGGAAGCCGCCCCAGGUAGGGAGCCAAUGGCCAGGUCCCUGUGGCCACCCGCAGGUGCGCCUCUGAAGACCUGGCAAGGCGUGCCCCCUAGGGUGGAUGCACAGGCAGGGCCCGUCUCUAGGCCCCACCGGUCCUUAACCACUGGCCAGCUCUCGUCCGUCUCUCUGCAAGUGCUGUUCUGCCUGAGUGGGGCAUAUUACGCCCUGUAUUUCCUAGCUACACUCCUGAUGAUUACAUAUAAAAGUCAGGUUUUCAGUUAUCCUCAUCCUUACCUGGUCCUCGACCUGACUCUGCUGCUUCUGAUGGGGAUUCUGGAAGUGACUCGGUUAUAUCUUGGUGAGUUGACCGAAGACCACAUAGUAGGCACCAAGGGCAACCUGAUGGAGGCCGAGGUGCCGCUGGCCAUCAGCCUGGUCCUCACAGCAGUGGGUGCCCUGCUGUCCACCUACUUCCUGCUCUGGCAGACCCUGGUGCUGCGGGCAGACUCCAUCCUCAGUGCCACACUCCUGGCACUCCAUGGCCUGGAGGCCAUCCUACAGCUGGUGGCCAUUGCUGCCUUCGUCAGCUAGGCAGGCGGUGCCCAGCUUCCCUCCCCACGCCUCCCCCCCUCCCCAGGGUGGGACAGCUCUGGACAGAAGCCACUUCCCCGGAGCUCGGCCAUGUCUGGCUGGCUCCCUCUGGGGUGCGCUGACCUGCUUGAUCACCGAGGGGGGCAGGUGAGGAUGGUGCAUGAUUUCUUGCGGUGCUGUGCAUCUCUCACAUAAUUGCUGGCAUUCCGUGCUUUCCACACUGGUCUACCUGGAGCUACAGGGUGGCGUGGGGAGCCAGGGACCCACAGCUCACGGCAGGCCAAGUCCUGGACAGCAGUCAGCUCUGCUUUGCAACAGAAAGAAAAGAAAUGUGAAGGUGCCAGCAAGCUCUGAUGUUUGGGGGGUUUUUGCAGAGGUGGCCCCUUUCCCCUUGGGGCUCCUGUGGGGAGGUGGUCUGAAGCCCCGGCACUGAGGGGAGGGAGGCAGAGAAUGGGAGAGUGACGGAGAACAGCCUGCCACUGCCCCGGGCUGGGGCUUCAGGGCUCCGAUGUCCAGGCCUCCGUCGGGAAACCAUCAGGAACGUUUGCACUGUGUUAGACGCAGUCACAGAACGAAAGGGCUCCUGGAAGGACUCUGAGUUCAUGUUCUCUAGUAACUUGCCUUCGUUAUAUCACACCCUCUCCACGUUUGGAAUAACAUGUUUGAAUAUCCAGGUAUUUUCUCUUUGCCAUGUUGUCGAAAUAAAUGUUUAUACCUCCCUCAA